CGCAUCGACGUCGGCAGGAUUUCUUGAUCUUCUUCCGCCUGUUCCACAGAACCAUCAUAUCUCCUUACACACGCGUAUACGAGUCCUCCCACAAGAUAGCUUGGUUCGUGUACCAGAGCCAGAUCCAGUCUCAGCCUGAUCGCCGUUGGCCCUGACGAUUACGCCAACCUUGUGUUCCCAUGUCGCGACUAGUUUAGAUACAGAGUACCGAGUUCCGUCUUCCACGCUCAACUUUCUCUACCUUAUUCUAUUCUCAGACACACUCUCUCCAUCAGGUCGAUUAUCACCCUUAGUUUUGUCGUCGACGCCUCUCGUUUCAGGUCUAGAAGAUCUCCUGCAUUCGCUCACCUGGAUCCUACCGGCACUUGUUAUCGUGUCGCCGCCAUCGUUCUGCGCGCCACUCGACCACCAUCCCAACCUCAAUCAACCCCCUGCUUCUCUCCUUGUCCAAUUCACAUCACCUGGAGAGAUCGUGGCGUUCCCUUGACCCCGAGACGAGCCAAUCCUUAUUGUUCUGCAGAAUUCCUUCUGGCCCUUUGAAACGAUUUCUGGCCAAAUCCUCGGUCUCAAGCAUGUUGUCAUUGUUAACCACUUUCGACACACUUGAUCUCACCAACCACAUAUCUGGCUGACCGCUUUGAUUGGGUUUACAGCCGCUAUUAUGGACCAUGACCCUUGGCGUCAUUCUCGCCCAUACCCGGCUUCCACCGCCACAGACGAAGACGGCCUCCUGAGCUCCAAGGCUCCUGCUAGGAUUACUGUGGCUUCCGCCAUGGAACCUUCUCCAUAUCAGCAGAGAUUCGAUGCUCGGCGAAACUUCAUUGCUGAUGACGAUUCCGAGUCUUAUAAUUUUCUUGAGCCAGCCACCCCUUUCAAGGAGCCACGACCGCGCGCCUCCACAUCGACCACCGCCAAUGUGUUGCGCAAAAUCACCAUCAGAAACCCAAUGUCCCGCAGCGUCAAACGCUCACAGGGGCAAGAGUAUGCGUCGUUGGACGACGAUGGCGACCUUGGGACCCCACAAGUCGAUCUCUCAUCACUCGCGGGAAUAGGCUGGGAAAUGAACGAUAUGUCUGGUGGCCAGGUGACAGACACCCUGGAACCAGACACAGAGUAUAAUGUCCCUGGGCCUGCCCGAGACAAGCCCAAGUUCCGUGAAUUUGUUAACAAGCAGCAUUCACUAGGUGAGGGAAUGAGAGAUGUCGGGGUCCAAUUACGGCGCGACCGUACUAAGCUCGUACGGCGCUCUUCAGCAGAGCCAUCCAACGCCGACAGCACUGGCAUUGAUCGCGCCCGCACGGUCAGAGAACUCGGACAGGACUUGGCCCAGAAGAAGAAUAUCAUCGUCGAGGUGGAGGAGGCUAUCGACUUGAGUGUCCUCGAGGGCGGCCAUCACGACAAUCGAGUUACUCGCAGUUUCACCACGCCCGAUGUCGCAGACUCCCCUCCCGAGCCCCCGACCAAGAGCUACUUCUUCCCCGAAGAUCCCCAGAUCCCUAAUUGGAAACCAUGGUCUCUGAGAUCACCAUACAUUUUGUCUCUCCUCGUCCUCGCGCUUGGACUCGCCGGUUUUCAGGAGUUUCUCUGCCAAAGGUCGAUCCAGCUUGCAGAGAAGGGGAGUGGCAUCCUGGCCUUCAACGAGGUGGGCGAGGUGUCCACCCUUGACUUUUUCGCCUGGAAGUAUCUCCCCACAAUGAUCACCAUCAUCUAUGCAGUGAUGUUUUCCAUCAUGGACUUUGACAUCCGUCGUUUGGAACCCUUCUAUCAACUGUCACAGCCCGGUGGCGCGAAAGCAGGUGCCAGUCUCAACCUGGACCAUCUCACCAUGUUUCAAUACUUUAUUCCCUUCAAAGCUUUUCGCCUGAAGCAGUGGGCCGUGAUGGUUUCGACCACUGGGAACAUCCUGGCUUCAAUGCUUGCUCCGGCUCUGCAGAACCCAUCGGUUGACUUUCAGACCAACGGCGAAUGCACAGAGCCCGACUCGACUUGUCCGGACGGUGAGACUCGGUAUUGGGUCAGGAUUGACGGAGUGUGGUCACGUCUGCUCUCGGCGAGCUACGUCUUGGUGGCCAUUGUCCUAGUAAUUCUUUUCAUUCAACUUCGAAGAAAGUCGGGCCUUUUGAGUGACCCCAAAGGUAUCGCGGGAAUAGCAUCCAUGGCCACCAAAUCCCACAUCCUGCAGGACUUUGCAGGACUCGAUGAAGCCAAUCGGGGUGAGAUCCACAAACGUCUGCAACACCGGCGCUAUGUGUUGUACAAGUCUUCAAUCUGGCAAGGUGAAUGGAGUGCCUCGAGUGAAGUGUCUCUCGACAGCGAGAAGAAGCUCACCAGCCCGCACCCCUACCUACUGCGCACCAACGGGGCCAUACCAUUCCUGAUUUUCAUGGGAAUUUGUCUUGCUUGUGUUCCGCUCAUCACAUUAACGCCUGCUCGAGCGGUUCCCAACAGUGCGCCGUGGCUUCCAAUUGUGGUAGCCACUUUACUGAAGCUGUUGUUCAAUACUUUUGAGACCGACGUGCGACUGAUGGAACCAUUCUACGUCCUCUCCAACGGCAAUGCAAGGCCAGAAAACAGUUUGACGUUGGACUAUCAGUCAACGGUAUAUGGCAUAUUACCUUUCAAAGCCCUAUUCAAUCGCCACUACCUGGUGGCCUUGGUCGGGUUCUCGUCGGUGUUAUUGGAUGUCCUCACCGUUACUGUCAGUUCAUUUUCGGUCGAUUCUCAAAAGUUCCUGACGACCAGCGGCGGAGACUCAUCUGACGGAGAUGAAACUUAUGUAUCCUUUUGGGCCUCUCUUGCCCUUUCCGUCUCGAUCCUCGCCUUUGUCAUCUUUGUGACCACGUUGGUUUAUAUUCGACGGCGCCAUCCGUUUCUUCCACGGGAGCCAUCCACCAUUGCCGCCGUGUUGGCCUUUGUCUACGCCAGCAACAUGUUGGAGGACUUUAUCGACACUGAAACCCUCAACAACAAACAGAUGGAGAUCAAAUUAAAGUCUCUGAAUAAGAGGUAUGGCUUGGGGUGGUUCAAGGGAAGAGAUGGGAAGCUGCACUGUGCAGUCGACGAAGAGCCCAUGAAGAGCCGCUAUGUGCAUGGGAAGCCAUACAGCAUGGCUCAAGCCGGUCCACUGCAACCGGCAGACACGUUUUAUACGGUAUAGACAAUGAGGGUCAAUCUCUCGGUACGAAGGAGGAUAUUUUUGGCGUCGUGGUUUAAAUGCCAAGGGGGGUGGAAUUUGGAAAGGCCCGUCGGGUCACGGAUGUUAUUGAAAUUCUUCCAAUCAAGCACGUGGAUUUGGUUUGGCAGCACGAUUUGUCGCCAUCUGAAAAGCAGUCUGGUUCCCAGCCUCAUGCUCAUGUUUGACGUACACGUGUUGACAUUUAGAGACUUCUUUGUUCAGCCUUGCGGCAUGCCAUGACUGUACAUGACAUAACGACUGUAUGCACACGACCCAAAACUUGAUUCCCACAGAGGCACAACUCACUUCCAGAUAAGGCCGACGCGUAUGCCUAGCCACUGAGAAUCUAUCAGGUGGGAUCUCGAUCAUGAC